AUGUUUGCUACACAACAGUAUAUGGAAGCUGUCGACGCGGGACGAAAGCGGUUUAGAGAUGAGGAGGAAGCAGCCAAUGCCGCUUCUGGCUUUGGAGAACAUAGAAAUAAACGCAUUCAGUCACUUCCACUUCGAAACCCUCCAAGACCAAACCAGCAUAAUGCGUCUCCUAGUAUUGUACCAUUAAAUGCGAGCCCUGCCUCCGUUGGCCCUCGCCCUCAGCUCGAACCAUGUCCAUCUGCUUCAGUUGGGGACAUGGCGCCACCACAAGAUGCCGAGAUGGACAUGAUGGAUACUGUCAAUUCACCACCUCCAGUUCACGAUGAAGCCGCACCGCCAUCUACCUUAAUGCUUGACCAGUCAACGGGUCGUAUGCCCACACCUAUCCAGCCAAGUUUUGCUGCACAAGUUAGGGGACAACAUCAUGAAUGGGCCGCUGCUGGGCAAAGCCAGAUAACCCCCAAUGGCAUUGCAAACCUUGGCCAUCAUGUCGUCGGUAUCUCGCAAGAUCAAACUGUCCCAAGAGCCAUGGCCGGUGGGCCAGAUUGGCAGGUUUUGCAAAACACGCGACGGCUGCCUUCACCAAUCUCCGAGCUUGGUGACCCCAAUAUGCCUGACGCAGCUGAUGCAGCUGGCGCCAUGAUGAUGGACGAUUGUCAGGACCAGUUUGUUCACCCAAGCCAGCUGAGUCCAAGUCAUGACGCGAUACCCGAACAAUCGUCUCCGAUGCACGCAAUGGAACACCCCAACGCUAUGAUUGAUUGCGACUCUCAUCACCAUCAUGCACAGCACUACGAAUCUGACAAUGAUCCGUCUUCUCCGUCUCCAAGCCGCAAAGGACAUCAGCGCAGCAAGCAUACCGUCAACAGCUGGACAUGGCAACCCGGCAUGAAGAAGAGCUUUAGCAUAGGAUACAGGUCAGAUUGUGAAAAAUGCCGGCUCAAAGUUCCAGGCCAUUUCAACCACAUCGUGAUCUCAUAG